AUGCGAGUUAGACCAGUCAAAUCUAUGGUUUCUUAAGAGUAUAGUAGGACAAUUUUAUUAGGUUUAAAAUUUUCUUAUUUCCUAAUAAAAAAAAUCAAAAUAAAUAGUUAUCCAGUGCAAAAUUUUCCAAAUAAAUAGUUAACCACACUUUCCGCCAUUUGACACUAACUAUUAAAAUUUUCCCGCCACACUCACAGAAAUUGUACCACUUUGCACGGUAUCUCAAGACAUAAUCUUGCGUUUCGGGUAGAAGCAACCGAAAAAUUUGGGCACAGUUUCAGCGUUGUCGUCCAGCCGAUAGGUUCUAUCUUUUCGCUCAAUUAUGUUAUUUAAAGUCAAGGAAAUGACUAAACACAGCGAAAAUGCCUAGUAAAGGUUUUCCCUUACGGCGCGACAUCCUCGGUGUGGUUUUGGGUCUGCUUUGCAUUGCCACAUCCAUAUGUGGCGCAUUAAUUUGUUCCGUCUAUUUGGGAGAUAUCAGACCCAGUGACACUUUGAUUCUAACAAUUGGUAAACGAUCUUAUUUAGUGCUUCCGUGGUUGAUAGACAAUGGAUUGCUUUUGAUCUUGCUUUCUAUCAUUAGCCUUUUAGGAUGGAUUAGUGUCAUUGCUAACUCGACUCGCUCUCUGUACAUCCUUUUAUUUACCAUUAUUGUCGGCAUGUUAAAUGUACUCUUCUGGUAUCUGUACUAUGGAAUUUAUUCGCUUUAUAAGACUUUCCAGGCCUCCGAAAAGCUCAGCACUUUGUACUCAACGCUGUUCCCAGCGUCACAACCACAUGUAGCUGAGGUCAAUGAACUGGGGGCUGGGGAGUUUGUGCCGAUGGUUUCCCUCGAGAAUUCGGGUCUCCCAAUCCGUGAAGCUGAUUGAAAAAUGGUGGAAUUUCAACAAAGAUCAGGGAAUUGGCUUUUCUUAAAUUUUGUUCAGUCUGGAAAUAAAUGCUGUGUAUUUAUAACUAUUUAUUCAUA